AUCUGUAAUUGACCUUGCAAUCAUGGCUCUUCGCCGUGUUUUAAGGUCUUCCUUGGGUUUCAGGCGGUAUUCAACCCAUUUCGGAUAUGAAACUGUUUCAGAGAAUGAAAAGGGUCAACGCGUAGGCGAAGUCUUUAGUAAUGUUGCUGAAUAUUACGACUUAAUGAAUGAUGCCAUGUCUGGCGGUAUUCAUAGGGUCUGGAAGGACUAUUUUGUAAAUAAGAUGAGCCCGAGAAGCGAUACCCGCCUUCUGGAUGUCGCUGGAGGUACUGGUGACAUUGCUUUCAGGUGUUUAAGACACAUGAAGAAUUCUGCCUUACCUGAUGAGCAUCAAUCAGGUGAAAUUAUUGUAUGUGAUAUCAAUGCCGAAAUGUUGAAAGUUGGCGAAAAGAGGGCGAAGCAGGAUGGUCUAGAACUUAAAUGGGUUCAGGGUAAUGCUGAAGAAUUACCUUUUCCCGAAAAUUCUUUCGAUGUCUACUCUAUAGCUUAUGGAAUUAGGAAUGUAACAAGAAUACAAAAGGCUUUGGAAGAAGCCUUUCGAGUAUUAAAAGUUGGCGGAAGAUUUAUGUGUUUAGAGUUUUCAGAUGUUCAGAAUCCCAUCAUUAAUGAUGUUUACGAUUGGUAUUCAUUUAACAUCAUACCAGUAACCGGAAAACUACUAUCAGGAGAUUGGAAGUCCUAUCAAUACUUAGUAGAAAGUAUUAGACAAUUUCCGAAAGCCGAUGACUUUAAAAAUAUGAUAGAAGAAGCCGGUUUCCAAGAAGUUCAUUAUGAGAAACUCAUGUUUGGAGUGUCUGCUAUUCACUCUGGCUUCAAACUAAAGUAA